AUGGCCCGCAGAGUGCAGCGAGAGGUGGGAGACGUCACCAUCUUAGUUAACAAUGGCAGUAUUGAAGCCGGCGAGCGAUUCUUACAAUGUGAGGAUGACGUUAUUGAGAGGAGGAUGAGGAUGAACUGCCACGCUCAUUUCUGGAUGUUGAAGUGUUUCCUUCCCCGGAUGAUGGAGAAGAACGAGGGGCACAUUGUCACCGUGUCCAGCCAUCUGGGACUUGUUGCGGCACCAUACCAGGAGGAUUUCUGUGCCAGUCAGUUUGCUGCAGUUGGCCUCCAUGAAUCGCUCAGCCAUGCUCUGAAAUCCAAAAACAUUGAUGGCGUGAAGACAACCCUGAUCUGUCCUUAUCUCACCACUCACACUUCUACUGACAUCCCCUCCAUCAGACCAGAAUUAGAGGCUUUUCUCUCGCCAGCAUCACAGGAGAGAUAUAUCAAGAAUGCUGUCAGAGGGAUUCUCAAUGGACAGAACAUGGUCUGCACUCCCAGAAUCCUCUACUUUGCUGCUCUUCUCAAACAGUGA